AAGCACCGUGUGCCGCUGGCUUAAUAAUAGGCUAAAGAAACAAAAUACCCGCGAAACGUUGGGUGAAAAAUAAGAAAUAUUUGUUACGAUUUCGAUAUAUUUUUUGCAGACAAAUUCGUUGCAAACAAAAAUGGCAUAUAGUGACAAGCAUAAGAUAAUUUUACAAACUAUUCUGCAUGAAGGUGCUUUAAAUGAAGAUCGAGGGAAACUAUUGAUUAAUGACUUAUUUGAACAUAACAAUGUAGCGCUUGUGAUAAAUGCUAUAAAUGCAAAAUUACAACAUUUAAACAUGGCUAUAAAAUACAUAAAUUGUGAAAUUGAUGGUAAAACAUAUUGGAUACUGACAAACACAGUGCAAGAUGCAAUUAAAGGAUUGUAUAUUGGAUGUUCAAAAGCUGAAUUAGAUCUCUUGCGUAAUAUAUAUUCUACAAUUGCUAGUUCAAGCGAAGGUUAUGUGUCAAGUACAUGGUGCCUCAAUCUAUGUUCAUCAUUAAAAGUAAAAUUAUCUAAAGAUAAUGCUCAAUUAUUUCUAAAUGAUAUGGUCGAAAAGAAAUGGUUGUCUUGGAAGAAUGGUCGAUAUUACAUAGGAGUAAGAAGUAUUGCAGAAUUAUUGCAGUAUUUUAAAGAUACACAUGAGGAUAAUCUUCGUACUUGUACUUUAUGCAAGCAGAUCCUUUUUUAUGGUAAGAAAUGCAAAAGAUGUGAUGCUAUAACACAUACUUAUUGUUUAAAUACCUAUAAAGAGAAUGAAACCAAUUUAGGAUGUCCUAAUUGUCAUAAUACUUCAGCAGUUAAUUGUUCAGAUAAUAGUUCUACAUCGGAUAUGGAAACAGAACCUUAUAAAUAAAACACAAAUAUGAAAGAAGAGAUUAAUAAGAAAACAUUAGUAUUAGACAAUUGCAUAUGUUACAAAAUCUUUU